CCUCACUCCUCCCCCUUUUCCCCGUGAGCCCGUGACCGACCCCGCCUCCCUCCCCUCCCCUCCCGACCCUGCCCCUCGCCGCCGAUCCGACCCUCCGCCGCGAAAAUCUCGCCGGGGAUGGCCGCCGCCUCGCCGCCGGAGGAGAAUCCCCGCCAGGACCCCCCGCCGGCCGAGCCGGAGGUCGCGGCGCCGCCGGCGAGGCGGACGCGCCCGCCGCGCGCGUGCAGCCGCCCCCUGGUGCCGCCCGCGCCAUACCCCACGCCCCCUCCGCGGCGGUCGGGCCCGGGGCGGCCGAGGAAGGUCGUGGAGGAGGAGCGCGAGGAGGCGGAGCCGGAGCCGCCGCAAUGCCGCGUGGUGACGCCUCUCGUCGCGGAGCCCGCGGACCCCGCCGAGCUGCCGCGGUGGAGGCUGCGGGGCAUGUGGGAGCUCGCCUCCGUCCUCAACUUCCUCCAGGUGUUCCGGCCAUUGCUGAACAUUGCGGCGGAGUUCACGGCGGAGGAGCUGGAGGACGCCCUCCUGGUGCCCAAUGGCACGCUGGAUGACCUGCAUGUGCCGCUAUUAAGGUCGAUUCCUCCUGUAGCUCGAAUGUCUAUGGCGGAUGGAAAAUGGGUCACAGUGUUAUGUAGAAAAUUGAAGGACUGGUGGCAUCUGGUUGCACAAGGCAAUCUACCAAUCGUUGCCUCACAUGGAGCGGAAAUUCAAGCGUACAAGGAACUUGAGCCAGCGACUCGAUUAAUGAUCCUGAAAGCAAUAUGUGACAUACGCUGUGAGCAAGAUGAUGUUCGGAUCUUCGUAGAUAGUUGUCUAAAAAGGGGCUAUCAGCUCCCUGAUUUCUGCAAACAACGAAUUGGGGGAGAUUCCCAUGGAAUCUCAUACUGGUAUGAUGAAGAUCCGAUUCUUGGGCGUCGAUUGUAUCGCGAAAUUAGACAAGUGGAGUAUGUGAAGGAGCAAACAAGAAAAUCUAAACGAAAUGGGUUCUUAGGUGUUCCAGUUGUAUCCUAUCAGUGGGAGACUGUCGCAACUAACUUUGUUGAAUUUGAAGCAGCAGCAGAAAAACUCUUUUCAAGUAGUAACAGGACAGAGGUCUCACUUGGAAAGAAGUUGAAGCUCAAUUAUCUCCCAGAGAUGGAAAAGACUCACAAGAAGAAGGAGAAGCUGCUAAAAAAGCAACAAAGAGAAGCCCUUCUCCUUAACAGCUACUUAACAUUUGAUAGAUUCACCUCUGGCCGCUCCCAACGUGAAAGAAAGCGCGUCACCUAUACUUUUGAUGAUUAUGACCGUUCAAUAAAUGAGGCCCUAAAAGCAAUAAAGAAAAGUGAGAACCCUGUUCAGGUCGUUACCACUACCAACAGAGGAGUACUUGUCCCAACACAAGAGGCAUCAAGUAAUGGUACGUUAGCUGGACCCUCACCUGCAUGUAAUGGACCGCGUGGAGAAUCUCCACUGAAGUCGCAUAGCUACCAAGGGAGUGGUGGUGAGGAAAAGGCUGAGACCCUUGAUCGUAGGUCUCGUCAAAGAAAAAGAUCUCAAAGAUACACAACAGACUUUGUUGAGAAUGUCUCGGACAUCGACACGAACUUUGACAGCGAUGACGAUAUCAUGGGCGAAGCUGUUUAUGACGAGGAGUACCUUAGAAGUCGAAAACAACCCAAGGCAAGUACUUCAGAGUAUGAUGGAGAAUUUCGAUCGGAAGACCAAGUGGAGUAUUCUUUGAGCAGUGAAGAUGAAGAGGGGACUCAACGGUCCAAGAGAUUGCCAAAUCGCAGUCCUCGAGGGGCCAAGCUGAAAUCUAUGGAUUUAAUCCAAACAGGCAUCAAGCGCAAUAAGCGCUCUGCGCGGCCCCAUAUGAAUCACCAGCGGUACUCUGCUAAAGAUACUGAAUUGGGAAAGCCAGUCGAACUGAAUGCAUCGGAUCCAGAUGCCGGCUCUGGUGCACUAGACAGUGCAAAUACCUCAAUAAAAAGUCAAGAGCAGCGACUACUUCACAUAGUGAAGAUGCACCCUCCUGGCAGGGAGGAGGGCAAAGUUGCUGGGAGACGAUUCCUCCACCUUAAUGAGAUUGCGCCUGCCGGUGGUUUCGAUGGCGCGGCCGUCCAGUCUUGACGGCGGAGGACAAAUAACAGGUAAUAAACAUGUUGUGCAGCACAUUCAGGUGCCCAGAGCCUUUUUUGUUUUCACCAGGGCACCGGUGCCGGCACUGGGUGGAGUUGCAGAUCAAAACAGAGAUGGAGCAGCAUCCAUGAGCUGGUGAUGCGUCCCUCAUCCCCCCUACCAUGAGCUGCUUACUGCUGGAACUGAUGAGGAGAUGGUCCCUGUGUGCAGCGGCUGGAUUUCUGGAACCUGUGUCUGAUACUCGACGCCACCGGUGGUGUGUCCAUUGAUCCAUCCGCCGGUCUGCUUGAUUUUUUUCUGUCUGGCAGCAUGUGUGUCAACCCUCCUUGUAGUCAUGUACUCAUUUUUUCUCUCGAGAUCAUGUACUCUCUAGUCUUAUAGGAGCGGUAUUGUGUAUGUCACUUGAGGUGAGGAGGCGUCCUAUAGUGGUUACUGUCAUGUGGUGCAUGCGGCAGUUAUGGACUGUUGACGCCGCUUGGAAGCUGGAACUUUGUUGGUACCUGGAUUCUCCAGGCAAUUGCGAGAGAGAAAUUCUUUGGUC